CACUGACACUGAACUGAACUACAGGUUUCAACAGAUCUUAACUCCGUAAAAGAUGGACUUCAAAAUGAGCUACGUGGCUGAGGAAUGGAGCCUCAAGAUGCCCAAGGGACUGGACUUGGAGGUUUUACAUCAUCCAGUGACAAUGAAGAGUGUAGCCCACCUAAUCAUUGCCGUGAACCGGUUAAUGACCAGCACGUCAGGGUCAGUGCUGAGCACAGACUUCCAGGAUGAAAACCUGCUGCCCAUCAGGGUGAAGAGCUUUUUGGAAGAGGACAGUAUAAUAGCGAGGACAGGUCCACCACCUCAGUUCACCAGCAGGGGUGAGAUUGAGUGCACUGUGACUGACAGCCAAAAGAGGAGCUUGGUUCUGGUCCAAAGCAGCAUGGAGCUCCAUGCAGUGAUGCUGCAGGGAGGCAGUGAUGACCGCAAAGUGCACUUGAACAUGUCGACCUACGCGCACCCUACACCCAUCGCUGAGACCAGGCCUGUCGCUCUGGGCAUCAAAGGCACAAACCUCUAUCUGUCUUGUCACGAGGAUGACGACAAUCCAUCCCUCCACCUGGAGGAGGUGACGGAUAAAAACAGUCUGACAAGGAUAAGCGCUGAAAGCGACAUGGUGCGAUUUCUCUUCUAUAAACGCGACACUGGGCGCAGCAUCAGCACUCUCAUGUCUGUCCGCUGCCCCGACUGGUACAUCAGCACAGCGCAGGACGACGACCAGGUGGUGGAAGUGUGUCAGGAGACCGCCCCACGCUACAGAAGCUUCAACAUCCAGCGCCAGAGUUAAAACCCAUUAAGGAUUCCCAAGAUGAAUUUUGGAGUUUUAUUUGCGCUCCAGUUUGACCUUCUUACAGUAUGUGCUAAGUACAUAAAUUGGAAUAAUUAAUGAUGUAAAGUUACAUCACAAGGUAGCAUCAUUGUGCUCUCUGAGCAUCUGGUGUGUAUUUAUGUAUUUAUUUAUUUAUUUUUAUUUCCAUUUUUAUAUCUCAUGUCUUAUUUUUCUUUAGAUUUGAUUGAAAGGUUUUUGAUAUGUGAGACUGAAACUUCACACCAGUCUUUUUAUGUGUUUAAACUAUGUACUAUAAAAUUUUCAUGCAAUGAGAAGGCUGUAGAUUUAAGAUGGAAUGACGUACUGUAACACUCUUGUCUAAAGUAGACACAUUGUUUUAAAUCUUUUGUUCACCUUGUGUAAAAAAAAAAAAAAAAA